AUGCCAAAUUUUCCUUGUUCUGACAAAACAGAACAUAUCUCACUUAAGAAACAUCUUAUGUAUAAACAUAAUCUAUCUAAUACUGCUGCAAAUAAAAUUGUACUCGAUCGUAUGAAUACAAUAAAUGUAAAUCGCAAAAAAAAAUCUAUAUUAACAUUUAAUAGUACACAAGAAUUAUUUUCACAUUCUGUUCAUUGGCAUAAAGGUCAAUGUCCAUUUUCAUAUGGUUUUAAUAAUGUUUAUAAUUUAACAUAUUUAAAUCAUAAUAUAAAAAAUUUUGAUUGUCGUCAUAGAAAACAAUGUUUACUAUUAUCACAUUUACGUGUAUCACACAAUUUAAAUAUAAAAUCAGCUAAAAAAAUUGUUAAAGCAAUCAUGUCAUCAUCAAUUGAAAGUAAACAAAAAUCAUCAAUCGAAAAUGAUAUUCGAGAAAUAAUUUUAUUUCAAAAAGAUGAUAUUGUAUCAAAUACAAAUCCAAAUAUUUAUAAUGAUGAUCGGAGAUUUCGACAUUAUUGUCCAUUAACAAAAAAUGAAUUUAUUCAUGAACAACCAUUAUUUAAUAUACCUUGUACUAAAAUAAAUGAAAAAUUUCUUCUAUUUGCUCAUUUACAGUAUGUUCUUGAAAUUUUAUUUAAAGAGUAGAAGAGGAUAGAUUAUAUCAUGUAUAAGCAAAGGUAUUUUAUUUCAAAAUGAAAAUCUCUCGUGCCUACUUUUAAUUAAUAAUAUAUCAGACAAGUCAUAAUUAUGUAGUCAUUUUUUUUUAUGAGACAUGAUCUAAAAGGAGUGUUGAAAUUUGGAUCCCUUCCUACAAAUAUGACAGACAUCUUACGAAGGAAGCUCUUCAGGUGCUAAAUUACUUUUCAACUGAAACAAUGUUCAUUUGACGAGUAGUAAGAAAGUCUCAAAUGGUUUGGUUUUCUGGAUCUUCAUUUAUAAGAUGGGUUUUUCAACAAAAAGCUGUAGUCACAUGAAAAAAUUAACUUUUAAUCUCAAACUUUACGCGAACAAAUUUCUUAAUAAGAUUAGUUCAUUGGACAAGUUGUAACUUUUCUAGUAUCUCCUAUUGUGGGAUAUUCGAAAUUGUCUCAU